AUGCCCUCCUCAACUACCAAUCCACGUCGGAGCGCUUCACCACCUCGUACCAGGAUAUAUCACGCCUGUCAGAGCUGUGCGACAUCAAAGGUGAAGUGCGAUGGACUGAGAGCAGAAGGAUGCGCAAGAUGUAGGAGGAGAAAGACGACCUGUUCGCUGGCGGGUCUACCUGGGAUAGAAGAGAUUGGAACAAGGAGGAGAUCAGCGGAAGAUGUCCAGCAUAGAGGAAGGAGAGACGAAUCUCAUCUUCGCCAAUCUCUACCUGAUGCUUUCCUAGACCUCCCUACUACGCAAUACCUCUCCUCUGCUCCCCCUGCUCCUACUCGUGAGAUAGAAGAGAUGAGACAGCGAAUCCACACGCUCGAAUCAGCUUAUACUGGACUGUUGACUUCUAUACCAACUUCCACACCCCGAUCAAACACUUCCAGCGAUAUCACCUACAAUCUACCUGUGCCGCUCAUCACCCCACCAGUCACCAAUGUGAACCUUACUCCUCAACUAUUGUCCGCUAAUCCUACUCCACCCCUUGCGUCAGCACUUUCCGAGGGUAUCUUCAUCCCAUAUAGAGUGUUAGACGUAGCUGGAUUUCAGAAAUCUUAUACUAUGGAUCCUUCCACCUUGAUCUUCGACGAAAGAACAAGGUGUGCUGUAGAUCCAGAAGGUUAUCCAAAUAUGAUCACCAGGGGUCAUGUCACUCGUUCUCAUGUGGAGAGCAACUUCCAACUGUUUAAGCACCGCUUCUCCCUCAGCGUUCCUAUGAUCCCAUUCCUGCUCUCCACUCGAUCCAUCCCGUCACAUCCAUUCAUUAUCCUUGCCGCUCUCGCCUACCUACAAGAUCCCUUGCCAGCCGCAGCAGUAGGUAUGAUCGAAGAAUCAAUUCUAUAUGCCAUGUCAGGUGCAGCGUGCGUUGAAGCUAUCGUUGCGUUGUACAUUCUCACUUUCGCACCGUAUACACCAAGUAGUGAGGAUCACGUCCCACCGACAUGCCUUCGGCUCAUCGGCUUUGCAUUCUCCUUAGGUGUAGAUCUGGGUUUGGAGAGUAAAGCAGAAGUCGCUCUGGGUGAAGAUGGACAUCCGGAAGAUCUAGUAGAAUCGUGGUCAUCAGACAAAUUGGAAGAACUGACUUUAUGGGAAGCGGUGAAGAACAGGUAUUGUAUUCUUCAGAUGGAAACUUCGCGGUGUAAGGCUUUACCUACCCUGUAUUCACAUCGAUUUCCCAAACACCCAUCGGACCACAUCAACCAAUGUAUCUCCCAUUCUCAACUAGAAGCAAAUAUAAUAGAAGGAUGUCGAGAGUUAGUCAAUACAAUAGGGAGGAUAGAAGUUGUAGUCAGAUACAGUUGGCCGGAGAUUACUGUUCUCAUGGCGUUGUGGAUCGAAACAAAGAGUCACUUGGACAGUAUAGAGGGCUCUUUGGACGACGAUCAAUGGCUCUUACGUAGUACGGUCGCCUGUCUGACCUAUUCACUAGGCUUUCGACUCGGCUUCGCCUUUUUCAAACCACCCAGUCCCAUUUCUGUCACACAAGUAGAACAAGCCGAAGCAUUGACUGCUCUUUCGUUAAUCCCACCUUCAAAACACCUAGUCGAGGAAGUCGUCCCUUUCUUGAUGUCGAAAAGUGACAUCAGCAAUAACGAAGAUGGAGAGAUUUCCCAUCUACCUGCAUUCUUGUUAACGACCAUCACGAUUUGUCUCGCAACUUCAAGGAGAGUAACGAUCUUGACUAAAUUCAGUGUUCCUGAACCUUUGUUCGACGAAGACCUAUUGUUAAAAGCUGAGAAUUUCGUAGCGAGACAACCUGGCUUACCUGGAAAGGUACUUAGGGAGAUGUGGACUAGUCUAAGUAUGAGUUUACCUUAUAAACAAUCUCAGAGCAGAACAACAAGCGGUUCAGCACAUGAAGCCGAUCUUAGCAAUCAUAAUCAUAACAAUGGCGAAGACAUUGGUGAGAGUGCUAGUGGGAAUAUGAAUCAGAAUGACUUUCCCCCCGUUUGGAGUGAUGUAGAAGGUUUUAAUUGGGAUACAUUCAAUUUCGAUUUCUUGUUUGCUGAUAAUAGCUUGAUACCGAAUCCUAUGGGUUCUGAAGGUGAAAAUAUGUUGUAG